GAGAGGUUGGAACGGCAGUCGAGCCUUCUCGUCAGCGAACCUCUCCCGCACUCAAAUCCACAUGCACAUUUAAGUUUUUGACCUUCUAAAGGCACAGAAGCAAAAUUGUGGUGCUGAAGCGUACUUGGAUAUUGCCACAAACUAGGGCAAACACAGAGGGGCGAGAAAUGGCAACGACAACCUGUACGCGCUUUACCGACGAGUACCAGCUUUAUGAAGAACUUGGAAAGGGGGCUUUCUCAGUUGUGCGCCGUUGUGUCAAGCUGUGCACAGGCCAAGAGUAUGCUGCCAAAAUCAUCAACACCAAAAAGCUCUCAGCAAGAGAUCACCAGAAGCUCGAGCGAGAAGCCCGUAUCUGCCGUCUGCUCAAGCAUCCCAAUAUCGUUCGGCUCCAUGACAGUAUAUCAGAGGAGGGUUUCCAUUACCUCUUAUUUGACCUUGUGACGGGUGGAGAGCUGUUUGAGGAUAUUGUAGCCAGAGAAUAUUACAGUGAAGCUGACGCCAGUCAUUGUAUACAUCAGAUUCUAGAGAGUGUCAGUCACAUACACCAUCAUGAUAUAGUUCACAGGGACCUGAAGCCAGAGAACCUGCUCCUGGCCAGUAAAUGUAAGAAUGCUGCCGUCAAGCUGGCCGACUUUGGACUGGCCAUUGAAGUGCAAGGAGACCAGCAGGCCUGGUUUGGGUUUGCUGGUACACCAGGUUACCUUUCUCCAGAAGUGUUAAGAAAGGAGGCUUAUGGGAAACCUGUGGACAUUUGGGCAUGUGGAGUCAUCCUAUAUAUUCUUCUGGUGGGGUAUCCUCCAUUUUGGGAUGAAGACCAGCACAAACUCUACCAACAGAUCAAAGCCGGGGCUUACGACUUUCCCUCCCCAGAAUGGGACACGGUGACACCUGAAGCCAAAAACCUCAUUAAUCAGAUGCUCACCAUCAAUCCAACCAAGAGAAUCACGGCCCAAGAGGCCCUGAAACACCCGUGGGUCUGCCAACGAUCCACUGUGGCCUCCAUGAUGCACAGACAGGAAACAGUCGAGUGCCUGAAGAAGUUUAACGCGAGGAGGAAACUCAAGGGUGCAAUUUUGACCACCAUGCUGGUGUCACGAAAUUUCUCUGUGGGCAGGCAGACAACAGCACCCGCCACCGUCUCCGCAGCCAUCGCCGCAGCCGCCGCGGCCGGUACCACCACCAGUCUGGUGGAACAAGCAGCCAAGAGUCUGCUCAACAAGAAAGCCGAUGUCAAGAAACGGAAAUCGAGCUCCACCGUUCAGUACAUGCCACAGUCAAACAGUACGAAAAACAGCAUAGUAACCAGUCCCAAAGGCACCGUCCCUUCUCCUGCGCUGGAGCCUCAGACCACUGUUAUCCAUAAUCCAGUGGAUGGGAUCAAGGAAUCUUCGGACAGCAGCAACACCACAAUUGAGGAUGAAGAUGUCAAAGGUAAAAGCCUAGAUAGUGGUUCAAUUAAAGCCCCCUCUGAAGUCAGCCAAUCACCUCCGGGCUCCGCACCCGCCAUCUUCUCCACCAAGCUGACCGACAUCCUGGGCUGUGCACGCAGGGGCUCGGGACCUUCAGCCAUGCCUGAAAGAGAAGCAGCUGCCCUCUCUACCCCCUCUCCUCCACACACCCCUGUCAUACAAACCCGGUUCACAGAUCUGGUGAGCAGUGUGGGCCGAGUACCUGCCCCACAACCUCAGGCUGAGUCGACAUCCUUUCGAUCCUCUGCCCCCCCUCCCCAGCACUCCUCCCCCCCAACCCCACCUCCCUCCGGCCCCUCUGUGUCUGUGCAGACACGCAAGCAGGAAAUCAUCAAGAUCACAGAACAGCUGAUAGAAGCCAUCAACAAUGGGGACUUUGAGGCCUAUGCGAAAAUCUGUGACCCUGGACUGACCUCCUUUGAACCCGAGGCUUUGGGGAACUUGGUUGAGGGAAUGGACUUCCAUCGAUUCUACUUUGAAAACUUGCUUUCAAAGAACAGUAAACCCAUCCACACCACCAUCCUGAACCCUCACGUGCACCUUAUCGGAGAAGAUGCUGCCUGCAUUGCAUACAUACGCCUCACCCAGUUCAUGGAUGCGCAGGGCCGGCCGCGCAGCAGCCAAUCAGAGGAGACCCGCGUGUGGCAUCGCCGUGACACCAAAUGGCAUAACGUUCACUUUCACUGCUCUGGUGCGCCAGCCGCCCCUCUCCAGUGAAGAGUGGCCCUGCAAUGUAUAUUUUAGAUGUGAGCGCACCUUACGGAGGUAAAGGACAGGGAGGACUAAUAGGAUGGCAGCGGGGGUCCAGCGUAAGAGCGCUCUGAAAUCUCCAGCCUUCCAACUCUGGACACAGCUGUCCUCCCUUGCAUGCAAACCAACAGUCAUUACUCUACCUGCUGAGCUGCUCUCGAUAACGCAUCCAGACAACCCCUUCCAUUCUGACUCCGACACAACCGAGCAUGCUACACACACAUCCAAAACCCUUUUACAACCGAUCACCUUUAUGCCAAGACUGCAUCAAUCAUCGAGAGCAUUCAUAGACUUCAGGUUCCCGUCCAGAGUAAUAACCUUAUGUUAUAACCACUUCUAUAACCUGCACGAAUGCCUUUUUUCCCACAAUCCCGUCACUGGCCCUCUGCCUCCAAAGUAGAUCAUGUUGUAAUAAAAUAUUAUUAUGAUUAUUGAAUUUAUUCUUAUUGUUACUACUAUUAUUAUGGUUAUUACUUCUGUCAGGAUUCUAAGUAUUGCUGUUGUUCUAUUGAGAUUGUAUAUUUGAUGGUCAAAAUUACUGAUGUUGGUGGUAACAUUCGUUCAAAACACAUUUUUGGUUUGGUUUGGUUUCUCUCUUUUUUUAAAGCAUGAAUUAUGAGUAUUAUUGAUUUAAUUUUUUUCUUCUUUUUUUGUUGUUGUUGAGUACGUUUAUUUUGGCAGCACUGUACAGGUUAAAGUUAGGUCACUAAUCACAUGACUUAACCUUUGGCCGCCGCAACGGUUUUAAGAUUCAAUCUUAAAGUUAAUGUCUCUAAACCAAAUACUGUAUGUGGUGACCAGACUUUCUGUUACCAUGAUCAGUGUUUGUAUUAUCAAGGUGCUGUCUUUAAAUCACUUCAUGGUCAUCAUUAACUUUAAUUAUGUGUUUUCCUAUGAGAGCUCUGUGAGGCAGCUGAUAUCAUCAAAUCACUGAGAUUUGCCUCAUUCUGUUUAAUCUGCAGGUUGCCAAAUUAAACUUCCAUGAAACUGAGCUCUCUCUCUCUCUAAACCAGAGCAUAAUCUAAUUUAUUAGGCUAUAAUAAUCCAGUUCAGUGACUCUGUGGUGACCAGCAAUGGAUGUGUCUGUACUGACGAUCAUUGCUGAUCUGGUCUUGUUUGUCCAUCAAAGAUUUUUCGUCAAAAGUUUCUGAAUUAAUGGUCUGUGAGAAGGAUUGUAGGGAUUUGGGGGUGAAUCUCACAAAACCUGUCAAGAAUAUGUCUGGGUAAUAUUUUAACUUCGAGUUGAAAUAAAAUAUAUGGGAAUUUAAAAAAAUAAUAAAACAUUUGGAAUUUUGUGGGGGGUAUUUUGUCAUUAAAAUAAUGCAUGAAUUAUGAAGAAAAAAAUUUAAUGGCCCUAAAUUCUUUAUGCAAAAAAAUGUCUUAUGCAAAAUAAUAAUAAUAAUUUAUUAUUGUUAGUAGUAGUAUUAAUAAUAAUUAUAAUAAUACAUAAUUCACAUUUUUUUUUAAUAUUAAUAAUUUUUUAUUUAUCAAUUUCUGUUUUAUUUUUGAAGUGAAAUGUGACCUUGACAUAAUUUUUGUUUGUGAAAUUUAACCAUGUGUUUAUAUUCAUCCUAGGAAUAUAAUUAUCAGGUUACUUUCUGUAAUCAGUGAAAUGGUAUUUUUAUUCAGGAUAUUGUAGGCCUGAGAAUAUGAGAGUUAUGAAAGAGAAUAUUGCAAGUUUUGUUGAUUUAUAAGAGCCCUUAUUCAAAAGCAGUAGGGAAUGUAUUGCUGUGUGCUGGCCAAGUGUGUUCGCAAGGAACAGUGAGAUUUAAAUAGCCAUUCUGGUUACCACGGUGAUCAGCACCUUGUGAAUUAUCUUAAUUGAGACUCGUACAGAAGUUUGGGAGAAUUUUAACAUGUUUCUAAUUUUGUCACAGGAAUAUUGUAUUUCACCUUGACUCAGGCGCCUACAGCUCUCAUUCAUUGUUUUUCUUGUUUAUCUGAAUAUGCGGGUUUUUAACCUUUUUUGUAUGUUAUUUAUGUGGUUUAAGAGGGUUAGUUGUCUUUGUGUAAUUUUAAUGCAUUCUUAGCACGAGUGUGUGUGUGUGUGUGUGUAUGCGUGUAUGCAUGCAUGCAUGUAUGUGUUACAAAACAAUGGCACUGAAAUCCUGAAUGUGAAAGCAUAGUCACUAUAUAAGUGUUGAAAGCCAUAACGCACAGUCGUCUUUUAGCAAGUAUUUACAGCAGAUUUAAAGGAUCAGCAGAUGUUUUUGUUGUUGCUGUUGUUAUCGGUUUUGUAUUUGUGUACUUUACACUUAAAGGGACAGUUCAACUAAAAAUGAAAAUUCUGUCAUCAUUUACUCACCCUCAUGUUUUUCCAAACCCUAAAGACUUUCUUUCUUUCAGGGAACACAAAAUGAGAUGUUUAGUAGUAUGUUAGCCUCAGUCACCAUUUCCUUUCAUCGCCUAUUUUUUUCCAUACAAUGGAAGUGAAUGGUAACUGUUAAAUCCUUGUGUAGUAUGCAGUGUGUAAUUGUUUUAUUUAUUUUAAAUCUCUCUCGCUCCCUCUUCUGGUGUGGAUAGUAACUGUUGGGCUGAAUAGAGUGGAUUGGGUUAAUUGGUGCUCAAAGGUGUUGGAGGUUACUAGCAGGCCUAUAUGAACCUUCAGUUUGUGGCUUUCCAUGGAAUGGAAAGGAAGGAGAGUUUGAGUGUUGGAGAAAAUGUUAUGUAUUAGUUUGACUGAAAUCUUAUGAUUAUAAAGUGAUUGUGAAAAUAAGUGAGUGUGUGUAAAAAGAGAAAGAAUGAAAAGAGAGAAAAAGAGAUGUUUUUGUUUUCUUGGGGACUGGAUAAUUUGUAUUUAAGAAAAAAAAAGAGGAAUGGAAGGCUGCUGCCUUUGCUAUUUUGGGAAGUUUUGUUUCCUUUAUUUUCUGUUGUUAAUUCAGUGGGCUGGUGAUUGGAGGAGAGAUGUUUGAUCUCUUGCUAAGUAAAAUUUGUGAUUGGCACUCUUAGCUCUUCUCAAGCCCUGUAUUGACGAGUCUUCCAUUUUGUUUUUGAAAGACUCCUGAAUUUUAGUUGGACCCUUUCAUACAUUCACACACACUUUCUGGCUGGAAAUCAGAACUUCCACCACUACUUUGACUGUCUCAUAACCAACCAGCAUAGGUUAUACCUCCUCCUCCCCCUAUAUGAGCCUGACCACCUGAGGGGGUUGUAACAGUAACUAAGGCUGUCAUUCUGCUUUAAUCUCAUUUUGUGUUCCACAGAAGAAAGAAAAUUCAUACGGGUUUGGAACAACAACUUAAAGAAAUAAUUUACCCAAAAAUGAAAGUUCUCUUAUCAUUUACGCACCCUCAUGCCAUCCCAGAUGUGCGUUUCUGUCUUCUUCAGAACACAAACUAAAUUUUUUUGAAGAAUAUCUCAGCUCUGUAGGUUCAUACAAUGCAAAUGAAUGGUGACCAAAACUUUGAAGUUUCAAAAAGCACCCAAAGGCAACAUAAAAGUAAUCCAUAAUACUCCAGUGGUUUAAUCCAUGUCUUCUGAAGCAAUCCAAUCUAAGCACGAUCAUGAUUUCAAGCUCGAUUACACUUCCUAGUGCUUGACGCAUGCACAGAGCGUUAAAUGGCUCUUGGAAGUGUAAUCAAGCUUGAAAUUAUGAUCGCCAAGAAGACUGUUGAUGUUACGAUUUAUAGUGAAAUAGGAGUUUUAUUUUGGUCUGCUCUCACCCAAAACCAGUGGGAUCAAUUUAGAAGGCAUGGAUUAAAACACUUGAGUUGUGUGGUUUACUUUCAUACUGUUUUAUGUGCUUUUUUGAGGUUCAAAAUGUUGGUCACCAUUCACUUGCAUUGUAUGAACCUACAGAGCUGCGAUAUUCUACUAAACAUCUUUUUGUGUUAUGCAGAAGAAAGAAAGUCAUGCACAUCUGGGAUGGCAUGAGGUUGAGUAAAUGAUGAGAGAUUUGUAUUUUUUAUUUUGGGGUGAACUAUCCAUCUAAGGAAAGUGAAUGAUAACAUAAUUUGAAUUUUUGGAGUGAACUAUCCCUUUAGUCAGAAGAAGGGUAAAUGGCUUGACUAGGGGGCUUCCUUACAACUGGUACUGUUUUUGACAACAAAAGAAAAAAGAAAAAAGAAAAAAAAAAAAAAGGAUUUUUCUCAGAAAACCAUCCUAACGAAUAUGGACCUCUGCCUUGCAUGUCACUUGGCCUUUGUGGAGGCUAUUCAUUGGUCAGCGGUUUGUGUUUUGUUUUGCCGUUCACGUUUUCUGAAAUGUGACUUUAUUUUUGUAGUUUGCUUUAAUAAACCCAGAGUUUCUGUCGCAGGAGAAACUUGAUGUAAAUGGUACCCCCCCAAACUGCAUGUUGAAAAACCGGUGUUGUUGUUUCUUUCUUAUAUGUGUGUUUAGUAUUGCGAUUAAUAACUGAAAAGUACAACAUAUCAACACAGAUACCUUGUAAAACUACUGCUACAUAGUGUUAACUGAUUAUAGGUGGCGAAUUUUUUGCAUGAACUUCAACUUUACAAUAAUACACUUUGGUCAUUUUUGUUUCAUUCUGUUUAUUUUUUACUGAAUGCUGGUGACUAUCUAUUUUCUGAGCUUUGUACGUGCAUAUAACUAUUUUUGUCUAAAAAGGAUGAUGAUGACAAUGACUAUUAAUGAUAAUGACUAUCAUGGUAAAAAGUAUAAUUAUUAUGAUUGUUUGGCAUGCUUUUGUAAUAGCAUUUGUUGUUGUUUGAGCAGUGUUUGUUGUGCCCAUAUGAAAUGUGAAAUAAUGAAAAAUGUGUUUAUUAGCGAGAGUCUAUCGCAGUCACACUAGAUCACAUUCUGCAUGCCUUUUUAUUACGGAAUGGAUGCUUUGGCUGCCAGUCUACAAAAGGGACCUCAAAUGAUGUCUGUUUUCAAUGUAAAUACCUCUUGCUAAUAUGCGCAGUAACUCAAUGUGAUCGAUUGCCAAUGUUGUGCUUUGCUCAAAUACUGAACAGAGGAAUGUCCCAAUAGAGGGCCCUCUUUACCAUACACAAAAGUUACUGUUCCAGUUCAAGUAAGCAUAAUAUCACAAGAUCUCCAAGAAUUCAACAAAGUAAAAAGUUAAGAUGCGCUUGCAAUGAGUGUUGCCGCUCACUGUUUUGCUUAAAUGGAAAUGCAAUCUUCUUAAAAGACAUGCACUAACAAAUUGUCAUUCAUAGAUUGAUUAAUUAAACCUAAGCAAGUCAUAUACUUAUGUUUAUACUGUACUCUGAAUUACCACAAAACAGUGGUUCUCCCCUGAUAUUAACUGUAUCAUUCUCUGAGCAAUGGCCUGUAGGAUAAAACUGUUACAAUAAUGAGUGAUGAAAUCACAUCAGGCCAAUAAUUGAAUUCUUAUGUGUGCGUCUGAGUGUGUUUGAGUGUGCACACAAUUGUGAAAGUGAAUCAGUGUUGUUUCUCUAUUAGUGACACAUGAUGCCCCUACAUUACAACAUCAAGCCAAUAGCUAUUAUUUGUAGUAUGCACAUUUUCUCCCAAUGUAUCUUUUGCCUAAAUUUGAUUAGCCUACUUUACAUUUCUCUGAAGAUGAGCCUUCCAACUUUGUAGAGUUUUUAUUUUAUUUUUGUAUAUAAUCUCAGAUCCUGCAAUGAGAUUAUGUGGGUUUUAUUCAGAUAUGGAAAAAUUUGAUUAUCAUAAUUAUUUUGUUUCUCUUUACACUUCAUGAAUAUUCAUAUCUGUUCUUCCAAUGUGCUAUCCCUCUUUUCUCUAUAUGUGUUCUAUAGGAAAUGUACUAAGAUGUUAUAAAUAAAAUGACUAGGUCAAAACCAA